AUGGCUGCCUCAUUUCACCUUAGAUACAUUCCUCCAAGGGACGAUUCCGCACCUAGCCAUUCCAAAACCUUGGCGUCUCCGGCUGCGUUUGAAAAGCGGAAGAGAAAACAUGACCCCGCCUACGAUGCGCCAAUUCCGCCAUCCAUUCCAUCCAAGAAGGCCAGGAAGCAUGAAAGGGACGAAAAUCCGGAGGCUUCUGGCGCGGACCCACAAUCUCACCUGGCAGCAGCUAGACGGCAGGACACAUAUUCGCAUUCCUAUUCGAAAGCAGAAAGUAAUAUUUCGCCCGCAGCGGAGGGGCAAGAACAUGUUCAGAUUAAUUCACUCAUGGGAGGGCAGGAAAACAAGGACCUUAAACAAGGCAACCAUAGAGCGUCAACGCCUUACAGCGCACCUAAAGUGUCUACGGAUUUAAGUCAUAGGUCGGAGCUGUCAGGGAAGUUGGAUCGGAAAGAUGAUGAUGUAUGGACUAAAAUUGCUCCAGAAAAACAUGCCGGGGUCUUGUCAAAAUUCGAGAAGUCGACAUUAAAGUCGACAUCAGCAGCUCCCAAGAAAAGCCAAUCAAACAUGAUCGGUGACAGAGGCACUGAAAACAUAACUCCCCAUGGGCUUGAACCACUCCCACAGCCUGCCUCUUCGCCACUCGAUAUCGAGUCGCCGACAUACUCGACGCUUCCUGCUUGGCUUACUCAACCUUUCGCUGCCGCCACCCUGUCCGAACGAAAUUUCUCAAACCUAGGAGUGAACAAAACCCUUGUUUCCGUUCUUGAGAGGCGCGGAUAUACUGAAGCCUUUCCCAUCCAGGCAGCCGUUUUAGAAUUACUUGGUACCGGUAAACAUAGGCAUUCGGGGGAUCUUUGUAUAUCGGCUACCACAGGUUCCGGGAAAACUCUGGCAUACGCUCUCCCGCUGGUAGCGGGUAUUGAACACUCAUCCUAUCCUAGAUUGCGAGGACUGGUUGUUGUGCCUACACGAGAGCUCGUUUGGCAAGCUCGAGAAGCUUGCGAACUCUGUGCUACCGGGACGGGCCUCAGGAUAGGAACAGCUGUCGGUACGGCAUCGCUAAACGAAGAACAGGCGUCCCUCAUUAAACACGAACAAUUCUACUCUCCCAGAACUGAUCAAAUAAAGAACAUUCAGCAGAUGAGCGCUGAUGCCUGGACGUCGUUCAACAUUCAGGAGUAUAUUUCCGAAGCCGAGAACUCUCCUUCGGCGUUUCCCAACCAUGUUGCAAUCCCGUCACCCAGCGUUGACAUCUUAAUAUGUACUCCAGGCCGACUUGUUCAGCAUAUCAAGUCUACUAAAGGAUUCACAUUGGGACAUUUAGAGUGGUUAGUGAUUGAUGAAGCCGACCGCCUACUGAACGAAAGUUUUCAAGAAUGGGUCGAGGUUGUGAUCCCAGCUUUAGACAGAAACAGAAUCGAUGUCAAUGCUAAAAGUGGGGGGGUUUUGCAGGAGCUGGGAUGGAAGACAUGCAAACCUAGACUUCAAAAGAUAAUCCUCAGCGCGACCAUGACAAGAGAUAUCUCGAAACUUCAGGCUUUGCGAUUGAGAAAUCCCAAACUUGUAGUUUCCGAUGAUCCUAGAAUUAGUAACGUUGCAAAGAUCACUUCAGAAGCGCAUGGAGAUAUCAUCAAAAAGGAUGACCAUAAAUUUAGUCUACCUUCAACCUUGCGUGAAAUGUUUGUUCCAGUCGGUGAUGCUGCAGAGAAGCCACUUUAUCUCCUUACUCUUUUACUUUCACAUUUUAAGCUGGGUGGGGCCAAUUCUGCGAGCCUUCCGCGAUCUCGUUCUCAUUCGAUCACAUCGGACUCAAAUUCCACCAGCUCAGCUUCAAAGGCACUGGAGGAUAGUUUGCUUGAUGCGUCGUCAACAGCAUCACAUAAUCCCUCUGAUACCGAUUCGUCAGAACAAUCAGCAGCCGACGUCCACAACUUUAAACCAAUGGCGGCAUCUGCGUCCGUGUCUUCUGUGUUGAUCUUUGCCAGGUCUUCCGAAUCAGCAUCAAGACUAGCUCGUCUUCUCUCACUCAUGCACCCGCCAUUUGCCAACCGUAUCGGAACCCUGACAAAGUCCAACAAGUCCAGUACCUCGCGGAAAACACUAUCUGCAUUCCGCAACGGCAAAUUAUCAAUUGUCAUCGCUACUGACCGUGCAUCUCGUGGUUUGGAUCUUCCUUCUCUCACACAUGUCGUGAGUUAUGACAUUCCCACCAGCCUAACAUCAUAUAUUCAUCGCGUCGGCCGAACAGCUCGUGCUGGCCGAUCAGGGUCGGCCUGGACACUGGUUGCCCAUAGUGAAGGGAGGUGGUUUGCCAACGAGGUCGUAAAAUGCGGUAAAUAUGGCGUUUCGAGAGUCGGCACUGUCGAAAGAGUCAUCGUCAAACUUGAUGAAAAAAAUUCCCAUCUUAAAAAGAAAUAUUCGGACGCAUUGGGUCUGUUACAAAUAGAGGUAAAGGGGACUCAAGCCAAGCACAGGUAG